AUGCAAUGCAUAUGGGAACGCGAAGAUGGACAAACUUCCCUAGAUCUGAUGAUUGUUCCGAAUGCACCUUUUGUUUUCAUUAGCUCUGGGCUUUCAUUUUAUCAAGAGUCUUACAUUAAAAUAUUGUCAAGUGAACAUGAAAUUAGUUUAUUUCUGGAUGUGAAGGCCCAUCCUGAUACCAAAAUUUACAACUUUGAUAAAUAUGAUGGAUGGUCUAGUUUGGAAAAUACUUGGAGGCAAGUUCUAGAGUUUCGUAGUUUUUUGGAGGUAAUUGGAAGGAAAUAUCCCGAUGGUAUCAACGUAGUAGGGUACUCUCAAGGGGGACUUAUAGCUCGGGCUGCUAUUCAAACUCUUCCUUUUCAUAAAAUUAAUAAUUUCAUUUCACUUUCAUCACCACAAGCUGGUCAAUUUGGAGCGAAUUUUUUGCAUCUUGUAUUUCCGGAUUUGGCAGCAAAUACUGCGUAUGAGCUUUUUUAUUCAAAAAUUGGGCAGCACAUAUCGAUAGCGAAUUAUUGGAAUGAUCCUUUAGAGCAAGAUUUAUACUAUAAAUUUAGCAAAUUUUUGCCAAUAAUAAAUAAUGAAAUACGAACAUAUAAUUCUAGCCAGUACAAAAACACUUUACUUCGUUUGAAUAAAAUGAUUUUAAUAGGAGGUCCAAAUGAUGGCGUAAUUUCCCCUUGGGAAUCUAGUCACUUUGGAUAUUUUAACACAACAUUGAAUGUAAUACCUCUACACAAGCGACCAAUAUACAUUGAAGAUGCAAUUGGUUUGAAAUAUCUCGAAAAUAAUGGCAAAUUAGUAAUAAUCAUCAAGCCAUUUGUCCAUCAUCUUACAUGGCAUACAAAUCGACACGUCAUACAAGAAGUAAUUAUUCCAUACUUGGAUUAAAUAUUUUAUUUGGUCUUGUGCAAUUCAAUAAAAAACCUAAUUUUGUACAUAAAAUCUAUUUACGAAAUGCAUGAAUAUUUAUUAGUUAA